UCCACACUGUGAAGCUGGAGAUGAAGUAAGCUUUGCGUCUACGUCUCUUUCUUCUACACUUUUAGCUAAGAUCAGAGCGAGAGGAAACGAGAGUCGCUACCACUAACAGUCAUGGCUUGUGCUUCGUCCUCCGUGAUUUCGUCGUUCUCGUAUCAGUUUGGAUCAAAAGAACAGAUCUUUUCAUCGAAAGUUUCCUCUUUGGUUUCAACGGGAAGGAGAGCGUUUGGAUCUAUUAGAGCAGCUCAAGUGAGUAGCUAUGGGAACUCUAGACGACGCACUCAGAACGUAGAAGGGGAUAUUUAUGUUGACAGUACUUGUAUUGAUUGCGAUACUUGUCGUUGGAUGGUUCCGGAAGUGUUCACCAGAGUGGACAACAUGUCUGCGGUUAUUAAACAACCAACCUGUAAGGAAGAAAGGAUGAACGCUCUUCAGGCAUUAUUGUCUUGUCCGACGGGCUCUAUUCGCACUGAAACUCCACCUACUGACAUCGGGGAAGCUCAAGAGACAUUUCCACUUUCAUUGGACAAAGACAAACUACCUGGGGUUUUUCAUUGUGGGUUUCAUUCCAAGAAAUCUUUCGGAGCAACUUCAUACUUGAUACUUCAUCCUGAGGGGAAUAUACUUGUUGAUAGUCCCAGGUACGUAGAGAAACUUGCUGGGAAGAUUGAGAAGAUGGGUGGUGUUCGCUACAUGUUUUUGACACACAGGGAUGAUGUUGCGGAUCACAAGAAAUGGGCAGAUCGAUUCAAGUGUACCAGAAUUCUGCAUUCUGAAGAUGUCCAACCUUCGACCACUGAUGUGGAGUUAAAGCUGGAAGGAAGUGGACCAUGGAAACUCUAUGAAGAUGUCGAGCUUAUACACACUCCUGGUCACACUGAAGGAUCAGUGUGCUUGUUCCAUAAACCUCUCAAGGCAUUAUUCACUGGAGACCAUCUAACUAUGUACGAAUCUGGAAUGAGCAUUAUAGAGAUGUACAACCAUUGUUCAUUGCCUCUCCAGCUCGAGAGCGUAGAAAGAUUGAUCAAGCUGGAUUUCAAUUGGGUGAUACCGGGACAUGGAAGAAGAGUACAUUUCAAAGAUGGAGAAGAGAAAGCAAAGAAGCUGGAAGCACUUGUCCAGAAGCACAGAGAGAAACAACUUGUUUCUUCUAGCUAAUUCGGUUAUGCGUGGAAAACUUUGUACACUGAUUCUAAAACCAGUGAACCAAACUAAACUAGACUGUUUAUGAGGCUAUGUGAGUGGUGUGUUUCUAUGUAACAUUUUAUUACCCUAUGCUUAAGUCAAAUUAUGAAUUAUGUUCAAUCCUUAAUCAAUUCUCCAUCAAUGUAAUUAAUGCAUUUUGACUUAAAAAGCUGACACGACACAAAAAAAGACUUUGGUUUCUCCGUCUUUGUUGGAGCAAUGGUGCUGCAUCCACGUCAACGCCCUCUUCUCUCUCUCAAAAUGAAUGCUCUUCAGAUGCUUUGUGUCCCUUGUUGUCCCAGAUUCGAAUUACCUCAUGGCAUCCUCUAUCUCCCAUGAUCCUUCUUCUUCUUCCACGUCUCUCCUUAAUCUCCAAACCCAACAAUCGAUCUUCGGUUACAAGGACAAAGUAAAGGACUUUGAGAAAACCCAAUUGAGGAUUCCAGUUUCUUUCAG